CGACGAUUCAUGACCUGAGAUAGUUCAUAGUUCUAUCUUCCUCGUCGUCUCCUCCGUGUCCGCAUCGACGAUUUCUCAUCUUCUCAUACUCACUGGGUUCAUUAAGGUUAAUUGAUUUCUGUUGAAGUUCGAGGCAAACGAUGUACAACGGAAUAGGAUUACAGACCGCAAGAGGAUCAGGGACUAAUGGUUACGUUCAGACGAACAAGUUUUUCGUGAGGCCUAGGACUGGUGGUAAGCCUGUUAAUGGUGGAAAAGGGUUUGAGUAUGAUCAGGGCACUGCUGGUUUAUCUAAGAAACCCAACAAAGACAUCCUCGAGCACGACCGUAAGCGUCAGAUUCAUCUUAAGCUUGCUAUCCUUGAAGACAAGCUUGCUGAUCAGGGUUAUUCUGAUGCCGAGAUUGCUCAGAAGCUUGAGGAAGCCAGGGUGAAUCUUGAAGCUGCUGCUGCUUCUGCUUCUGCUUCUGAAGGGAGUAGUGAUGCGCCUGGUGAUUCGAAGAUCUCUGAUACCCAAACACAUCAGGUUGCUGCUAGGAAAGAGAAGCAGAUGGAAGCGUUUCGUGUUGCACUUGGCUUGCCUGAUCAACAACAGGCUGAAGAGGGUAUGAUUGAUGAUGAGCCAACGGGGGAGGCUUAUGAACGUAGACUGAAACCGAGACGGGAACAUUCGUUUUUGGACCGAGAUAGUGGGAGGAAGCUAGAUGAGGAUGUAGAGGAGAAAGAUCUUAAGGGUAAGGAAAGCAAGAAGCAGAAGGGUGAUGAUGAUAUUGAUAGAGUGAAGCGUCACAAGAAAAAAGAGAGCAAGAAGAGAAGACAUGAUGAUUCAUCUGAGUCUGAUGAAAAUGGCCGUGACCGCAGAAGGCGCUCUAAAAAGAAGGCUAAGGGGCGUAAACAAGAGAGUGAGAGUGAGAGUGACUCUGGCAGCUCGGAUUCUGAAUCUGACUCUGACUCUGACUCUGACAGUGGAGAGAAGAGGAGAAGGAAGGCUACAAAGAAACGCAGUAGAAGCAAGAGAAGUAUUUCUUCCGAAUCUGAAGAAGUUGAGAGUGAUGACAGCAAGAAACUCAGGAAGUCACACAAAAAGAGUCGACCUUCCAACCAAUCUGAGACUAAAGAAGUAAGGGACAAACAUGAUGAACCAAGAAGAGCUGGUCGAAAGAGACACGAUUCUGAUGUUAGCGAGUCUGAGUCUGAGGAUGAUGAACAGCAACUGCGCAAGAAAGAAGAACCUUACCGUGGAGGACGGAAGCAGAAAAGAGAUGAGGAUGACGUCGAGUUGAAAGACAGGUAUAGAGGUGAUUCUUAUGGUAAGAAAGUUGCAAGAGACUCUGAUGACAGUGAGACUGACUACGGGAACAAGAAACUACAACUGCGCAGUAAAGUAGAAGCUUACAGUGGAGGAAUGAAGCAGAAAAGAGAUGAGGAAGAAGAAGAUGUGUCCAAACAUGGCAGUGACAGGUAUAGAAGUGAUUCUCGUAGCAAGAAAGUUGCUACAGACUCUGAUGACAGCGAGGAUGAGUAUGAAAACAGGAGGAAGCUAAAGGAUGAAAGGUACCAAAGAGGAAGGAAAAACAUAGGAGAGGAGGAUGAAGACAAUGAUAACAAUGGGAGGGACAGGUACAGAAGUGAAGAUGCUGUUAAAAGACGUGGAUCGGUUAAGGAAGACGAUGAUGAGGAUGGCUAUAAUAAGCACAAGAUGGAUAGGUAUAGAGGUCGAGCCAGCGAGGAAGAAGAUAAUGACAGGGAUAGAUACUCGAGACAGAGACGUGAAACGGAGGAUGAUGAAGACUACAAACGUGGCAGGGAUAGGUCCAGAGGCGAUAAGGAGGAUAGGUUUAGAGGUGGUGAUGAUGGUGAAAGAGUUAGCAGGGAGCGUGAGUACUCAAACAAGGGUCGAAGCCAUUACGAUGGUCGAUCGAGCGGGAAGAGAUCCUCGUAUGGUGGUGAUAGAGAUUGAUGCUUUUGUUUCAUAUGUAUGUCUUGAGUUUCUCAAAUGUUUGUGUUUUAUUUUUUACUUCUUGCACUUGGGAUUUGUCGCAACAUAUAAUCCUUUGUUUUGUUUGCAAACAGUUCUAUGAGACGUUUAUUAAGGGUUUAAAUGUUGGACCAUGAUAUGGUCAAUUUGAUCAAUUGGUCACAUUUCGAGUU